AUGAGCACCAAAAGAGCAGUUGUAGUUGGAUUAAACUACAAUGCAAAGUAUGAUUACUUGCUGAAAGCUUACAUAAAUUCUGCAAAAUUAUUAUGUGAAGUUUUGAAGGAGGAUUUUGGUUACGAGGAAGAAAACAUUUGUUUUAUUCACGAUGGAAGGCCAUUUAAUGCUAAUAGUGGUUCCUUUAUUCUUUCUCAACUUAGGAAUUUGAUCACUUCAUCUAUAGCUGGAGAUGAGAUAUUAUUUUACUUUGCCGGACACGGAAACUCUGAUAUAUUUAUUGAUGACAAUGGUGUUGAACAUGUGCAACAAUCUCUUUGUUGUGGUGAGAAGUUUCUUUCCGGGAGUCUUACUUGGAUUACAGACAAAGAGCUGAAAGAUUGUUUAAAUAUGCUUGCUGAAGGGGUUUAUUUCACUAUGAUAUUAGACUGUUGUUUUAGUGGAAAUUUAAUCGAUGGAUUAAAACAACAAUUGACAUGCAAAGGAAGAAGAGGAUUUGCAGAUAUACUGGACGUAGUCGGUGGAGAAGAUACUCGACAACAAAGACAAUUAGUUUCUUUGUUUUCAGCCUGUCAACGUAAUCAGGUUGCUUGGGAGACUAGGGAACUGGUCAACGGACAAAUAAAGCCAAGGAGUGUUUUCACUGAUACACUAUUGGAGAUAGUGCGUAACAAAGGAGGCUGCAUCACCAACCGAGAAUUGAUGACAGAGCUAAACAAAGUUUGUAGUGUUCAUCGAUGUAUUCAAACUCCCGGUCUCUUUUGCACUGACGACCACUCCUACUCCUUGUUCCUCGGUGGAAAACAACCAAAGUCAGAUGCACUUAAAAGCAUAUAUUGCGUUGCAAUCGCCUUCGUUCUUACCUAUUCUGCAUACAAAAAAAUCAGUGAAUAG